GAGAGGGGAGUGAGUGUCGUCGCUCUUCCCACAAUGCAUUGCGUACAAUUUGAGCCCCAUCUUGAGAGAGGGGAGUGAGCAGUUUGAAUUUGAGCUCCCUAGGUGCCUGAGUGCGGAGCGCACCGAGCGGGGGCUGGGCCCAACGUUGCUCGAUACCCCGCCCCGCCUGCGGGCCGGGGGUUGCUCCCUUGCAGCUCCCGUCGCUUUGCGGAGCUUCGGAGGGGGUGUCUCGGCUGUCGCCUCUGGGACUAUCGGGGGUCGCUGCGAGCGGGCUCAUUCCCACCAAGAUGCGCCUGGUGCUGAUCUCCAGGUAGAGACUACAAGAGACGGGGUGGGCGGGAGAGCCAGGGGGCUUGGCCUCAGCCGGCCGCUACUGCCGUGGUUCCUCUUCGCUCGGGGACUGACUGGCUCUUACACGAGCGGCCUGCUCGCCCGCCCAGGAGCCCCGGGGCUGCCGGACGCCGCCCCCCCCCGGCCGCGCUGCGAGGAGCAGGAAGCCUGCUGAAGAGCUUCACCUGGUACUACCGCUGCGGCCGCACUGCGAGGCCCAGGAGGCCGCGUCGCUUCAAGAGGGAAAGAGAAGGCCCGGAGCCCGUAACCACAAUCCUCUGCCCAGCGAGAGGGAAGAGGCUUGCUGAGCGGCCCGGAGCUCUGCUGAAGGUGGAGAAAGAGGAGGAGCCCAGCCGACCACCAGCCCAGUGUGGUGCCCGAUGAGCUUAGGGCUCCGUGGCUGAUCCAGACGCUUGAGGAGGAAGCCAGAGGAUGUAUAAUAGCGUCCGGGUCUCGCCUAAUUGAUCGUGACAACCUUCGCCUGUCCCUCGGACGGGCUCGGACUCUACCUUCUCCCCGGGGUGCAGACAGCUUCACCCUUGCUGGCAGAACUCCCUCCCCAAGGAGGCACCAUGUCCAAGAUGCCGGCCAAGAAGAAGAGCUGCUUCCAGAUCACCAGCGUGACCACGGCCCAAGUGGCCAGCAGCAUCACCGAGGACACUGAGAGCCUGGACGACCCAGACGAGUCCCGCACCGAGGAUGUCUCCUCCGAGAUCUUCGAUGUGUCACGGGCCACAGACUACGGCCCGGAGGAUGUCUGCGAAAGGAGUUCCUCUGAGGAGACUCUCAACAACGUGGGUGACGCCGAUACUCCCGGUGCUGUCUCCCCUAACCUUCUCCUGGAUGGGCAGCUGGCGGCUGCGGCAGCGGGGGCGGCUGCUGCGCCUCCGCCGGCUGCAGCUAACGGGGGGGCCAUGCCCAAAAGCGCCAAUGUGCCCCAAGUAACUGCUGCCCAGAUCCCCUCCGCGGCGGCAGGAGGCAGCAGUGCGCAGGCUUCCGCUCCCGGGACCAUGUCUCAGUCGACUGCGGGCGCAUGCAGUUCACGCUUCAGGGUGAUCAAGCUGGAUCACGGUACGGGGGAGCCCUAUAGGCGGGGACGAUGGACGUGUAUGGAAUUUUACGACCGGGACCCGGACAGUAGUGGCGUCCUGGCCAGGACUGGGGAUUGCAUUAGACAUAGCAGCACCUUUGAGCAGGCUGCUCAGGAAAGAGACAGUGGCUUGGGUGCCACGGGGGGCUCCAUGGUAAUGUCGGUGGUGCCAGCAUCGGCACAGGGCCCAGAGUCCCUAGCUGACAGCUCCCUUACUGCUGUGUCACAGCUGCUCCAGACGGAGAAAAUGAACCAGCCCUCUUUACAGCAACCUAAUUUUGUCAUUGGGCAGCAGCAGCAGCUGCAGCAGCCCAUAGGCGGGGCCAUUCCUCAAAGUACUGCUCAGCCAAUGUAUUCUGGGGCUACAGUAACAAGUCAGCAGACUGUGGUGCUGCCGCAGCAAACUCAGUCACAGGUAAAUAUACAGAGUGUACAGGGGGCACCUAAUGGGAAGGGUAUGCCACCUCCAAAUGUAACAGUAGCCCAACCGAGCAUGCCCAUGUCACAGCAGCAGGUACAGCAAGCAAAUGUACCAGUGACUCAACCUCAGCAAUUUGCUUAUCCUCAGCCCCAAAUUCCACCAGUGCAUCUACUGCCAACACAAGCUUCUGGCCAGACAGAAUACAUGCAACACAUGACAGUUACACAGAGUCAAGGAACUAUUCAACAACCUACUACAAGCUCUGUUCCAAGUACUGGAGCUUCCAGCCUUUCUGUGGGUCAAGUGGCUGGCCAGAAUCCUUCACCUGUUGGAGCACCAAUGAUGGGAGUUUCACCACAGCCUAGUGAAGCAGUGGGACAGGGAUCAGGAUUGAUGCAGAGUGGCCAGACUCCACCAAGUCAGUCUGUCAUACCGCAACUGGGAGGUGUGGCGCAGCAAAGCGUUGGACAUACAGGGGUUGUGCAACAGAAAUCCAUUACUCAGCAUCAAAUGGGUGGAAGUAGUCAAGUGUCUGGAAUGCCUAGUGCUCCUCAUGCUAUAAUCUCUGGAGUUCAGAAUGUGCCUGCAGUUGUGCCCGGUACAAGUGUGCCUAGUGUGUCUACCACUUCUGUUACUAUGCCAAAUGUCCCUGUUACUUUAGUUCAGUCACAGAUGACCAGCCAUACAUCUGUCAGUAGGAGUGCCAGUGUUGUCCAACAACAAGUUGGACUUUCUCUAAUGCAAGGCACAACUAAUGUAGUUACAAGUCUGCCACAAUCCAACCUUGGACAGUUUCAGAGUCAGACUCAAACUUUAGUAGGCCAGAUUGAUGAUACUAGAAGAAAAUCAGAACCCCUACCUCAGCCACCACUUUCUCUCGUUGCUGAAAGUAAGCCUCUUGUGAAGCCUCCCAUUCCAGACACUCUAACAAAUCCUCUUCACUUACCUGCAACUACUCCUAUGAACAGUCUUGCCAGCUCUGUAUUUGGCAUAUCUAUUCCUGUUGAUGGUGAUGAAGACAGUGCGUCUGGUGCAAGUGUUGUAGCCAUUGACAACAAAAUAGAACAGGCAAUGGAUCUGGUGAAAAGCCAUUUGAUGUAUGCAGUCAGAGAAGAAGUGGAAGUCCUGAAGGAACAAAUAAAAGAAUUAAUUGAAAGAAACUCUUUACUUGAACGAGAAAAUGCACUGUUAAAAUCUCUUUCAAACAAUGAUCAGUUAUCCCAACUCUCAACUCAGCAGGCCAAUCCUAGUAGCACUUCACAACUGCAAACAGUGAUAGCACAGCCUCCUCAGCCAACGCAACCUCCACAGCAGCCGAAUGUUUCCUCAGCGUAAAGCUUUUGUUUCCUCAUUAAGAAAAAACUGAAAGCAAUCUGUCCUUGUGUGCCACUCGUGUUCUUUCCACUUUAUAUGAAAGCAAGUAGCCAUGCUUCAGUUGUGUGUUUUGGCCUUUUUCAGUAUUAGACAAUCAUUCUACAAGAGCUUUCCCUCACUUUGAGAUGUCAUACAGCGCAGUUAGUGUCCAGUUAUGUCAUCAGUGCACAAGGGAAAUGGUAGAAGGAGUUAAUGCAAAGCAUAUGCAUUUAUUUGGUGCGCAUGAGUGGGGUCUUUAAGAGCUUUGAUGGCUCUCCAAGGUUUCCAUUACCCAUGGAUUACUUUGAGCCUUGCUAUCUCAUGUAAGAAGUAACAAAUCAUCUUAAGAGCCACUGUUCUUUCAGUAUAAGUAACAUUUGCCUAUAUUAGUUUCAUUUAUUUGUUUUAUUUAUUACAGGGCUGCUAUUUUCAUAAUGUACAUGAACAAUGUCACAGAACUUUUUUUUUAAUUUUUUAAUAAAUGUAAGUAUCAGUAAAAAUUGAUAGACGGGAUUGCGUUUAAUAGAUAAAAUGUUUAGGCAAUAAUUGAACAAAAGAAUCCUGGCAUAUUUCUAACACUAAUGGCAAUUUACUUUUGGUAUUUAUUGACGGUAGUCAAGACCCAGCUUGAAUGUACAUUUUUGUAUAGAGUGUAAGUAUGAAGACCAUAGUGCAUCUGUACAGGUAGUCACCAGUUAUUGUGAUAUAAUAAAUAAUUGAUGGGCUAUUUUGAUGAAGAAAACUUUGCUCAUUUCUGUUUCUACUUUCUAAUAGAGAGAAAUUGCCAUGAUUCCUCUGCUUUUUGACAUUUCGUAUGUUGUUUUUUUUGUUUUUUUUUUUUUGGGGUGGGAAUAAAAAGCUGUGAAAUUGUUCAACCUACUUUGUAACCAAAGAAGCAAAGCUGUGUAACUGAGUCUUUUUUUAUUUUAUAAUGCACAUUCUUUAUGUAUUUUUAUUUAGUGUUUUUUCUCAUUCACAAUUUUCUUUGCUGUCUAGCAUGAUCUGCAUGACCUAUAAUCUUUGAACCACUUUCAUACCUCAUGUUUUUAUCCAGCACUCUUAUUGUAAUAUGUAAUAGUCUGUGAACAAUGUCAAAUAAAAGAACGAACAGCUGGUGUUGGUGGAGCUGCGCUAGUGUACUAUGCACUAGUUUAAAAAAAUGAAGUGAGCCAUCUUUUGUUCAUUUAAAAUGGUGUUUUGAAUUUCGUAUGAGAAAACGUUUUGUUACAUUGCAGAUUUUAAUGUAUUUAAUAAAUGCAACAUGCAGAUUAAGUGCAGUGUAUAUUGAGUAUUUAAAUUAAAAAAAUGUACAUUUCAUAAAUAGUUUCAAGAGAGACCAUCAUUUGUGUAUACUAACACAUAGUGUCAGAAAUUGAUGUAUAAAUAUAUAUAUUUUAACACAUUUUCUGAAAUUAAACUGCAGUUUUGUUGAA